AUGUCGCAACGACCGAACGAACCUCCGGCGCGAUCUUCAAUGCCACCUAACAAUCAUCGCCCGCGAGACCGAUCCGAAGGACCCUCUUCACCUUUACUACGAUCCGAAGGAGGCUCAUUUCGCCAAAGCACUCCCCACGUGAACGAUGCACGAGCUAGUGGGGAGCUAGAGGGCAGUACACUGGGCAGCAGUUCCCGAGAAGGAGACCGAAGGGCACGGGGCCAGCGGAGGACACAAAGCUCAAGCGGCUUUUUACUUGACUCUUUGCCUCGGUCGAAAAGUACAAGAGUUAGCUUGCAUCGCCCUCGACCAUCGGACCCUCCUGCGGAGAAGCGCAACGUCCCCGAACCCGAUAUCGUGGUCCCCAAAAAACGAUCACGAUUUCCUUGGAGUCGACAUAAACAACAUGCAUCAGAAUCAGUUUCAGUCGAUAGCGCGCCAACACCGGCUAAUGCUCGCCAAGCUUCCACUCCUGAUAGACAGCUUUCUGGAGGCUCGUCGCAGCCCGAGAUACACAGAAGCAGCACGGAUCAGUCGACACCUGGGCUCGAUAGAGAUUCAAUUCAGAUUGUGAAUCUAGCUUUGGACUUGAAUGAGUCUAGGAGGAGAACAGCCACUGGUAUACCGCCAGGGGCAGGAGGCCGAAGGCCGAUAUCCGUAUCUCAACCUGCCGUCCCGCAAGGAGAUAGCUAUGGGCAGUCUCCAUAUGCACGAAACUUCCAUCGUGACUCGGCAUUUCGCAAUUACACUCAGUCUCCCGGCGACAGUCUGUCACAAGGGACGCUACCCAGUGUUGAACAGUCUUCUGUUGUGAAUUUGCUACCUCCGUCUGCGGUUGAUGACCACCGAGCAUAUGAGUUUUCCGAAAGCACCCUGGCCCGUGCUGAGAGAGCUCGUACUCAUUUUGACUUAUUCCACGAAUAUGUACGGCUCCUCCCUUUGCUGCCACCUCUUCGCCGGGCUAUCGAAGAUAGCCAGAUAGAGUAUUCAAGAACCAGGCAACUCCACCGAGACUACAACCCACUUCAAAUGAUUCGGAAUCGCAAGGUCAGAUAUCGUGAAAGGUGCUCUAUUGAUGCGGACGCAGAAGGAUGGCACGACGUGGAAAGAGUUCAUCAAUGGAUCAGCAAUGUUGAGCAAAAAUACAGCUCAAGGCAGCAUGACCAACUAGAAUCUCUGAGGUUGCCUCCUUUUCAGCAGGGUCACCGCCAUGUACAGCAUGGAGACCAGGAUGAUAUAGAUAUGGUGGCUACAUCUCCUCCAUCUAGCCUGCGACGUGUCAGUCGAACUAGCAGCAUGAAAGCUCGUCGGCCACGCAUUGAUUGGAAGAUUUCGCCCGCAGAGCUUUUGGCCGAUGCUGCUUGGCUUGAAGAUGGUACCAAUAAGACCAAGGUGGUCGACAAGAAUGGCUAUAAACUAUACCCUGACUCGACACAGCUGGUCAUCAUGAACUCUCACACUGACCAGGCCGCACACAAACCACGUACUUCUGUUGAUGUGGAGGAGCCCGGAGAUGCACACUCGUCACCUCGUACCUCAAUGUCUAGUGCACAUCCUGCAUUGGCCCAUGAAUUCAAAAGCGUCGGUCGUGGACGGCAUAGACACAGCUUGCGCAGCCGCAGUGCCUCUAGCGUACGGAAACCUUCGCGGUGGGAUAAAGUUAAGAUGCGUUCUGGCAGUGUCUCGAGCUCGACGAGCUCGGAUUCGAACCGUUCCAUUGAUGAAAAGCCUCGCAUAUCUCGUGAAUAUCUUCGAGACCACGUCCACAAAUUGGUGGAUAAAUCUACACGGAACUUAUCUUCAUCUCGAGUAUCCCGUGCUAAAUCACCUGCUGCUCAACCUGCCGACAUUGAUCGGGGAAGAACACCUCAGCCUUCUGAGUCAUUGCCGCUCAAUACAAAGCAGGAACGAAAGCACAGAAUGGGGUCAUUUUCAUCAGCAGGCAGUUUCGAUGAUCGAGUCGAUCCCCGAAUGUCUCUGGAAGGGAUGGAUAGCACUGCACCUAACUCCCCUGUGCACGCUGGAUAUUUCCCGAGCAUCGCAGUCAAUCUAUCCCCUCCUUCGAGUCGAUCUCCCUCACCGGCAAAGAAGGGUCUUCGUCACAAGAUUGUCUCCCGCCACGAACGCAGCAAGAGCAAGCAACGAGACCCCCUGCGCGAAGAUGAAUUCCUUGAAAGCGAAGCUUCACGUCAGCACAGUGUGACAUCUCCUGAGCGCGUGGAAGGUGCCCCGAGGCUUGAGCCAAGUCCCUUCCCAGAUGUCGUGUCAUCAUCUUAUACAGAGGAUCAAGGCGCGUCUGAAGGGAGUAGGAUGGAUGGAAACAAGUCCCGCAAGGGAGCCCAUCUUCCUGAAUCAAAACUUCGAGGAAUCUUCAAAGGACCAGGUCGGAUAGCAGAGCUCGUGGGCAAUGAAGUUUCUAAGGUUGGCGACCUUAUCUUGAAGAAAGAGACAGACCCUGAUUCACGGAAAUCAUCAUCCGCAACUACAUUUGUCUCGGACGAUAGCGAUUCCGAUGACGAGAGUAGAGGGGAUAAGAAGUCCGGCUCCAAAGGACUGUUGCAGCGUCUGCCAACAUUUGCCGAUGAGCCUGGGCGUUUGCCUCGUAAGGAGUCUGAGAAACUCUCAUCCCGAAGCUUCAUUCCCUCUCUGCCAAGUUUCACAUCUCCGUUGCGACAAAAUGGACGAAGCCAGGCCCCAGAAGCUACCGACUUUGGCAGUCCUCGUGAACGGGUGACCUCUCCACGAAAACAAGACACCAAUGAGUCCCCCAAGAAUUUUGCUCUGCCACGCAGUAAAACUCUGGAUUUCGCCCCUUCUCUACACACUGAACGGACCAAACACGCGAUUAAUGACCCAUCUAUACCUUUCAGUCUAACACGGCCUCCUGUCACUGGCCUCGCUAAUGUCCGUGCAUCCCCAGGGCUCUCUCCAGAUGGGAGACGCGCAGGAUUUUCAGGCUCUAGUCGUGCCUGGAGCAUCUCUGGGCGAAGCCUGCGCACCUUGAACGACACAGGCGUGCCUGGAAAGCCCGAAGUUGAGCGCACACGAGCCCUCUUGCUAUCGUCCGGCAUUAAAGCCCGAGAAAUCACUCGCCGAGCCCAUGCAGUCCGCGAACCAGCCCCGCACUGGCUUCAGGCUUCCCUGGGCCCUACUGCACUGUCAUCUACAGCCGUUCCGAGAGUCACGCGGAUGGGUGAAUUCGAUCUAGCAGCCCAGAACAUUCUGCAGCGUUUCGAAAACACCCAGUACUCAUUCCAGCAGUCUAUGCAUCACUUCUCUACGACUACGUCUUCGCCUCUUCGUGAUCAACUCAAGAACCUGGAAAACCUGGUCAACCAAUCCUUGACUCCCCGCGUCCGAUCCACAGCAAACGAUGCUGAGGAUAUGUGCGUCCAGCUUAAUACCACGAGUACACUCGCCGUGAAGCAGCUCAGCGAUGCCCUAGAUAUGGGUAUUCGUAAGCGACGCCGUCGGCUACGCUGGAUCCGACGAACGGGCUUCAUGGUCUUGGAAUGGGCCCUAGUCGCUAUGCUCUGGUGGGUGUGGCUGAUUGUCAUGGUAUUCAAGCUUGCGCGCGGAGUAUUCCGGGGUGCAUUCUCAGGUGUACGAUGGAUCUUGUGGCUUUGA